UGUGCACUGUUCACUUCACAGUUCACUUACUCAAAAGUCUAAAACCCAACCCUUUUAGAUUCUUUCCUCUCUCUCUCUCUCUCUUUACUCUUUCACUUGCUCUUUCAAAAGAACAGAGAAUUCCUUCCUUUCUCUUUCGUUUUCUCUCAUUUUCUUUCGUUUUCCUUCUCAUUUUUCUUUACAAUGCCAAUCAACAAGGACCCAUCUACUCCUCCUCCCAUGAUCGGGAAAAUUGGGCCGUACACAGUGUUUAUGACUCCUCCGUCCACUCCUAAACCGGCGGAGAUGGACCAGCCGGUCUUCCAUUCUCCUAAAAAAGUAGUUUCACCGCCUCCUGUGCAGCCCCCACCUCCGCAAAUCGAGAAGUCCGUUUCUGUUCACUCUUUAUCAGAUGGGUCCGUUUCUGAGUUCUUCAGAAAUGCUGUUACUAAAGUGCAAAACGCGCAUUCGAGCUUAGAUGAGCAUUUGGCACGUUGGUUUGGGUUAAAUCAGUCCAAGUAUCAAUGGGCUUUGGAUGAUUAUUAUGAGAACAAGGAAUUGGGAAAAGAAGAUGCAAAAGCGAAAGAAAUGUCAAGCAAAGUACAGAGUGUGUAGCUCGUUUGGGCUGAUUGUUGGUAUGCAGUUUUCAAAUUACACAAGGAUGGAAUCACCUUGUAUACCAUAUCUAUAUACCUAAUAUAUAGAACGACAAAAAUGCGUCUGAAUGCUUAUAAUGAGCUAUUGUCUGAGCAUAUAGGGAUCUUCCAGUUUGCAAUUUGACUGAGUUUGGCUGUGCAUUAGGCUAUAAGUUACGUAAUCUCUUGACAAGUAUUUUUUUGUGCAUGUCUUUUUUCUUGUAAUCCAUCCAAUUUGUGGAGAUGUAUUAUUGCUGUAUUUGUACUAAACUAAGACAUUAGCUUGAGUAUGUUGUAGCGAAGCUUUCCUUUUAAUGAUUAGACAUUGCUUUAAUAUUUUAUGAUGAAAAGGAAAGGGACUUAGCUUUCUCUGCUAGCCCUGUUUGUUGGCUACUUCUA